UCGGCGGGCGGAGGAGGGCGCCCUGGUCGGGAGGAUGAGGAGAGGGAGGCGUGGGCGUCCGGCUGUGGCCCCCGCGGAGUCCCAGGCGGGUCCGGGAAGGGCUGUGGGGAGGAGCCCUGGCCCCUGCCCAGCCCUGGAGACGCUGGCUCCCUAGAAAGCCUUUCCUCCUCCCGGGUUCUAACAAAUGAAACUGUAUCGCGGUUUCAGGGCCGUUUUUGUGCGCUCUUUGGGCAGAGCAGGGGCUGCCAGUCCCCCACCCCCUCCCCGGCCCAGAGCCCUCAAAGGGAGGCCCGAACCCAGGGCUAAUGGACGAAACACGCCCCAGGGGGUUGCGGGCCUUCUCUGAGAAAUGGAACCUCUUUAGAAGGCCUGACCCAAGGGAGUGAAUAUCUCGUUGGUCUUUGUUCAGGUUGAGCCUGUAGUCCUGAAGAACCAGAAAUCUAAAGGAACUAAUAUUCCUUCUACAAAGAGCCCAUCUUUAGUGAGGCUGUUUCUGGAGUCUAUAUGAUGACCAAGGUACUGGGCGUGGCCGCAGGUCUGGGCCCUAGGCCUCUACAGGAGCAGGUGGGGCCUGUAAUUGUGAAAGUGGAGGAGGAGGAGAAAGAGAAAUGCUUUCCGAGCCUGGAGAUGUUCCGCCAGCGCUUCAGGCAGUUUGGAUACCAUGACACACCCGGACCGCGGGAGGCACUCAGCCAGCUCCGGGUGCUCUGCUGUGAGUGGCUGCGGCCCGAGAUCCACACCAAGGAGCAGAUCCUGGAGCUGCUGGUGCUGGAGCAGUUCCUGACCAUCCUGCCCCAGGAGCUGCAGGCCUGGGUGCAGGAGCACUGUCCAGAGAGUGCUGAAGAGGCCGUCACUCUCCUGGAAGACCUGGAGCAAGAACUGGAUGAACCAGGACAGCAGGUUUCACCUCCUCCGAAUGAAAAGAAACAGGCACGGGAGAAGAUGUCCUCUUCAGGAACAGCAAAGAAAUCCCUGAGCAGCACCCAGACACAGACUGUGGAGACAAGUCCCAAAUAUGAAUCUUGGGGACCCCUGUACAUCCAAGAGUUUGGUGAAGAGCAGGAUUUCACUCCAGAGCUAAGACAGAAUCAAGAUUGUAAAUCGAACAUCCAGAAUGAGGAAUCAACAGAUAUGCAGAAAAGUUCUGAAGAGUCUCAUGCAGAAGAAUUCAAAAAGGAUAUUACUCCCAUGGUUAUUGCCAAUAAAUUUGAGGCCAGGUUAGAAAGGCAAUGGGUAAACCUUGAAAAAGAAAGAGGAACAAAAACCUCUCUUCUAGACAAAGGUUCCAAGAAAGGUAGAGAAUUAAUGUCCACUAAACCUGCCCCAGGAGAGAGACGUUACAUAUGUGCUGAGUGUGGAAAAGCCUUUAGCAAUAGCUCAAAUCUUACUAAACACCGGAGAACACACACUGGGGAGAAACCCUAUGUAUGCACCAAAUGUGGGAAAGCCUUCAGCCACAGCUCAAACCUUACCCUUCAUUACAGAACCCACUUGGUAGACCGGCCCUAUGACUGUAAGUGUGGAAAAGCCUUCGGUCAGAGCUCAGAUCUCCUUAAACAUCAGCGCAUGCACACUGAAGAGGCACCGUAUCAGUGUAAAGAUUGUGGGAAAGCUUUCAGUGGUAAAGGCAGCCUCAUUCGACACUAUCGAAUACACACUGGAGAGAAACCUUAUCAGUGUAAUGAAUGUGGAAAGAGCUUUAGUCAGCACGCAGGUCUUAGUUCUCAUCAGAGACUCCACACUGGAGAAAAGCCGUAUAAAUGUAAGGAGUGUGGAAAAGCCUUCAACCACAGCUCCAAUUUUAAUAAACAUCAUAGAAUCCAUACUGGGGAAAAGCCCUAUUGGUGUAAUAAUUGUGGGAAAACCUUCUGUAGUAAGUCAAAUCUUUCCAAACAUCAGAGAGUCCACACUGGAGACGGAGAAGUGCUUUAACUGUCAAGUAGGCUCUCAGUGUUUGUGUAUGUGCGUUUUUGUAACUCUAGAACAUGAAUGCUAGGGAGAAGUCAGAUAAUUGUAAUAUAAACUUAAGUGCUAGCUUUUGUUUCACUCAACAUCAAGAGACCCUGGAGGAGUGAGAGCAAUGGCACAGUAGGAAGGAAGGUCCUAGAGCAGGGAUCCUCAAACUUCUUAAACAGGGGGCCAGUUCACUGUCCCUCAGACGGUUGGAGGGCCGGACUAUAGUUUAAAAAAAACUAUGAACAAAUUCCUAUGCACACUGCACAUAUCUUAUUUUGAAGCAAAAAAACAAAACGGCAAAAACACCCGCAUGUGGCCCGCAGGCCGUAGUUUGAGGACGCCUAUAGAGAGUCUAGUGGAUUCCUCACUUGUUAGCUUAACGGGCUGAUCCCCUCACCACACUUGAGGUCCCAGUAACCAUGCCGGCAUUGCCUUUUGUAUACUUAAAGUGAUGUGUAUCAAGUAUAAUUAUGGAGAAAGCAUUAUGACUGUUUAACCUUUAACAUACCUUAAAGAAUUAUGAUUUGUAAAGAAUUGAGCCAUUUGAACACAAUAUAAUCUGAUUCAGAAUUUAUAACAUCUUGUAAUACUUCAGGACUGUUAUAAUAAAUGGUAUGUUGUUUAUUGAACACUAUUCUAGAGAGAAAAACUUGCUACUGGUUUCUCUUUUUGGAAAUUUGGAUUUGGGGUAAAUAGAAUAUGUAGUACUUGUGAAUGAAUGUGUAUAUUAGGAAAUUGCAGUAGUGUGUAGAAUAGUUGCAUUUUGGUCUGUGCUUUUUUUUCCCCUACAUACUAAUACAUUUUUUUCAUCACUGGGAACAUUUUGUCAGCCUCUUGUGCAUUUUGGUUGUGUAUACUCUGUCUCUGCC